CUGAUAGCUUCUUGCGAAAAGGGGAAUUUGAAGAUUUUGUCCACCAAUCGACGAAGUCCUGAAAAGAUACCCUCCCUUUUUUUGCGGUAUCCAUAUCAUGAAAUGCCUCCUCCAAAUCUUUCGUCGACAUAUUAAAGCCUAGUAUCGUUGCAACUUCCUUGACUUCGUCCUCUUCUAAAAAGCCAUUUUGAUUGCUGUCAAUUGCGGCGAAGACAUCUUUAAUGUUCUCGUAAACACCCGCUUUAAGUUUCUCUUGGCUGCCGUCAGAUAUUCUUCCCCCAUACGAGCUUACGUAAAUUUCCGCGGCUUCAAUCUGCUUCUUCUUCACCUUCUCCGUCCAUCCUAAUUCUUUUGCCAUAAUAUCGGCUAUGGCAGGAAUGGCUUCUAUGGCUGCAUCCUUAUUUAGAAAGGCAAGCCUUGUCCGGCGACUUAGCACAUCUUCGAUGGUACAUGCAUAUUCACGACAGGCCCAUACGACAUCCGCAUCGAUAUAGGGAUAGUUAUCAACGAGUAAUCGUCCAAAUUUCGGCCAGCUCUUACCCGAGGGUUCUAUCAGAUCGCAAACCUCCCAAGAACGGGCACCGUAUGACCUUACCAUAUGUUCCGCGACAUCCUGCGACAUGCCGUAUUUUUGAAUCAGCUCUAUUGACAAAUUUUUUGUGUAACCAUCUCCACCAAAAAGUUUCGUUUCGAGUGUUUUACACCUUCCAGGGGCGUUUUCGGCAACACGAUCGACCACUUCUUCAGCCAUCUCCCUCCAGGUCGUCCACUUGCCACCGGCAAUAAAAAUAACUCCUGUUUCUGGAUUUUCCGAAAUUACGUGGUCUCUCGAGACUGGAGCAUCCGGUGGUGCAUGUGGAUCUGCAGCUAGUGGCCUCCAUCCUCGCCAAGCACUCAAAACAUCCGAACGGCGCAGUUUCAUGUCAGGAGUAAGAUACUUACCACAUUCAUUAAGUAACCAUUCAAUUUCAUCCUCUGGUGGCCUUGGAGAUGUUUCCGCCUGUGUUCACAACGGAGAAAACAAAUAGUACAAUCAGACAAUCGAAAUAAUCCAGUUCUUAAAGACGUGACAAUUUCGUCUUUGUCUUCAAGCACAGAUGAUAAAAAUUCCUGUCUACGCACCGGUCCCUUCGUAUCAGUAGUCCCGACCAAUGUGUGUCCCUCCCAGGGAAGCAUGAAAAGGAAUCUCCCAUCGCUUGUAUUGUAAUCCAAAAGUCCCAUCUAAAGCGACACAAGCGAGAAAUUAUGUUCAAGUUGAAGGGGUGAAAAAGAAAAAAUGGAACUUUAAGAAACACAUAUGUGCAAUUAAUAUGCAUUCACUUUCAGAUUUUUAGCCGAAUCUUACCUGGUUCGAACAAUAAUAACCUGGCAGAACAAUAUGUGUUCCAGACGCCCCCCUAACAGCAGCUGGCAUCUUUUCUCUCGCUUCUUCACUGUCUACUUCCAUCUCUCGCAUGCUGUCGGUAAAGGGACCACCUGCGAAAAUUACACGCUUUGCACGGAUUUCGAAAGUAUUCCCUGUCAUCCGAUCGAUGGCUUGCACGCCAAUCACCUUUCCGGUGGAAGGGUCCUUGAUGGUAUCCAUCAUCUCCACGUAAUUGGCAAUCGCGGCUCCUUUUUCUGCUGCGGUCAUUGCAAUUGCGAUGUUCGUGCGUGCGUCGUUGUGUUGUGCUUCAUAAAAUACAGCGCAAUACUUCAAAUCCUUAUCUUCGAGUUGAGGAAAAACCUCUCUUGCUUUUUUCUUGGUCAUGAUAAAACUCGGUGGGCAUUGAAAGUAAGAGAGCGAGUCAUAUAUUUUCAAGACGGGUGGAGCCAAGAUCGGGAAAAGUCCGAAGAGUGGAUGCUUGAAUGGCGGAGGGGAAACAUGCCAUUCAGUGAAUGGCAUCGCAAUAGGAACCCAAUUGCACAAAUGCCGUUGCUGAUCCAUCAUAAAUUGACGCUCUUGAUGGCAAUGGAAUACCAUCUUCAUUUCAGAAUAAAAGUCUUUCACUGUCUUUAAGGGGCUGGUCACUAGUUGUCUUGACAGCAAAAUGGAGGUAGCUGUAGCCAUAUACUUUAUCCCUGCCCAAAUCAAUUUCGUCGAUCUGGAACUCGUUUCCGAUGCAAAAUCUCCUCGUUCGAUGCAGGCUGUUUGUAGACCUCUCAUGGUAGCGUCAAGAGCAAUACCCGCCCCAGUGGCACCUCCACCGAUAACCAAGACGUCGAAGGAUUCCCCAUCGAGAGCUUUCUGGAGGCGACGAAUUUGUUCGGCUCUGGAAGGGAGACCACUUGGGGCUUUCACUUCCUUUGGGUCGGAAAGGACGCUUGUGAUUUCGAGGCCGGGAUCGCGUCUUGCGGACGAAAACAAGGAACGGAAGGUGCGCCCGUUGUUUGUUUGUUUUCCAUGAGAAGUACUGUUCUUCUGCCCUCUCCAAAAAAAGGAGCGGCUAAUGUUUCCUCGGCGAACGCACGAGAUGGCUUGGGAUGAAGUCGUUGUCCUCGCUGACMCAGUCUUGAUCAGCACUGAACCGGACAAAAACAUCAUCAUCGCCAUUGGCUUUAGUCCUCUUCAGAGUCUGACCUCCCCUCUUGUUUUCGCUAAUCGUCACGAACGCGUGUAGUGACGAGUUUCGCUUCGUGACUUGUAAGGUGUAAUAUAGAACCCUAUCGAGG